AUGGGUGGAUUUCGUGCGGUCGAGGAUCGACCAACGCCGAAGGAGGUGUACAAUUGGCGUCUCUAUACAGAGUCUUUCAUCAUUGCAAUGGGCUCUUUGCUCUUCGGAUAUGACUCCGCUUUCAUUGGAACAACCAUUGCGCGCAAGAGCUUCGUCUAUGAAUUCGGCAUCACAUCGUUGACAUCCAAGGAGAUAUCUUCCAAUAUUACUUCAGCCUUCCAAGCCGGCGCAUUAGGGGGCGCGCUUAUGUGUUUCUUCAUCACGGAGUAUGUUGGUCGCAAAUGGGCACUCAUCAUUAGCAACAUUGUGUUUCUUGCUGGUGCUAUCCCCAUGGUCGCUGCCACGAACGACCUCGCAUACAUGUAUGCUGGCAGAGCACUCACCGGCUGGGGCUGUGGUGUGAUCACAGCCACGGUACCUUCCUACAUCGCCGAGCUAUCGGUCCCUUCAAUCCGAGGUAUUCUUACAGGUCUUUUUGAGGUCACGUACCAGACAGGAUCUUUGAUCGGCUUCUGGAUCAACUAUGGCAUCAAUCAAAACAUGAGUGCCACAAGCUCAGCAUCGUGGCGCGUGCCGAUGGCUGUUCAGCUCAUUCCCUCUGGAGCUUUAUUGAUCGGAGGAUUUCUGCUUCAUGAGUCGCCCUUGUGGCUUUACCGCAAGGGGCGCGAAGAGGAGGCGAAUAGGAACCUUGUUGCUUUGCGACACUUGCCGAUCGACCAUCAAUACAUGCAAGAGGAAGUGGAAAUGAUCCGCACCAGACUUGCUGAGGAAGCCUCGGUUGCGGCGACUUACGGCGGCGGGUUCUACGCCUACAUCCGAGGAUCGCUGCAUGAACUUUCGCGAAAAGGAAUGUGGAACCGUUUGCUCCUUGUCUUCUGCGCGUUUGCUUUGCAGAACAUGUCCGGUGCCGCGGCUAUUAACUACUACUCUCCCAUGCUCUUCGGUUCCAUUGGCAUCAGUGAUGUGGCCCUAUACACGGGCAUCUAUGGUCUGGUCAAGGCCGUCGCUUCCAUCAUCUUUUACGGUGCACUUAUCGAUAUUUGGGGGAGACGGAGACCGACGAUCAUUUCAUCUCUGGCCUGUUCUCUCUGUUUAUGGUUCGUCGGUGCCUACGUCAAGGUCGGCAAUCCGGCACCCAUUAUCGUCGCCGGGGGAAAGCUUUCCGCCUCGACGGAAGCUGGCGGCCGCGCCGCUACCGCCGCCAUCAUGAUCUACUCAGUAUUCUGGUCUUUCGGUUUAAAUGGUAUCCCAUGGAUCGUCUCCGCAGAGAUCUUUCCCGGUGCUCUCCGCAAUUUGACUGGAACCUUUGCCGCUUUCACCCAGUGGCUGAUCCAGUUCAUUAUCACAAAAGCUCUUCCGUACAUCUUCAGUAGUCUCGACUAUGGCGUUUGGUUCUUUUUCGCAUGCUGGAUGCUCACAGCUACCAUCUGGGCAUUCUUCUUUCUGCCCGAAACGAAGGGUGUCACAAUCGACCAGAUGGAUGUUUUAUUCGGCUAUGAAGGUGAUCGUCGGGCCCAAGCUCCAGCUCUAAGAUCCGAUGACGCGAAGAGCGUAGAACAAGAUGUAAGAGAAGUUGACGAGGCGGGUAGAGCUUGA